AUGACAAUCGACAAGGAAUACGGCAAUCUGGAGGAGCAUCCAUGCGUGGUGGCGUUCGCGGCGAUUCUGUGCCUAUUGCUCUUCGGCUUCACAAUGCACGACAUGAAACGGCCCGAAUACUUGCCGGAGUUCUGGGUGAAGCUGCCCGCCGUCGAGGGGCUCGAACGGGGCACCGGCGCGUCGCGGCCCCCCACCUUCAACAUCACCCUCCGCGUCAACAACCGAGACAGCGAGCCCUGGCACUUCAAGGGGCCGGGCCGCGUCGUGGUGGCGUACGCGGGCGUGCCGCUCGCCCACGCUGACCUUGCCGAGUUCACCGUGCCCGGGGAGGUCAUCAGCUCGGUGCCCAUCGUCGCCACCAGCUCGGGGCUGGGGCUGCCCGACGAGCUGUACGACCGCAUGCAGAGCCAGCGGCGGCGGAGAGAGCGCGUGAAGCUGGCGGUGCACGUGACGCUGGAUGGUCUGCGGCUGUGGUGCACGGCCAUACUGCACGGCCAACCACGGGGGCCGUUUGUCUGCCCGAUUCUCUAUGGCCCCACCUUUGACCGCACGGAUCCCAGACAGAUGAUGUUCCCAAUUAUUUGA